AUAGAUCCAGAAAAAAAUCCUCAGCAAAACAAAAGUUAAAAAGACAUGAAACAACAACGUUACUUGGUCCUCUUCUUCUUUGUCCUUUUCAGCUUUCUCCUGUUUGCGAAUCUAAGUGAAGGAAGAUCAGGAGGAGUUGCAGAAGAGUAUUGGAAGAAGAUAAUGAAGAAUGAGCCAUUACCUGAACCAAUCAAAGAGCUUCUCAACAAUCCAUUUAGGACAGGAGAAGAUAGGUUUGUCAAGGAUUUCAAAACAAAAUCUAUCGUCAUCAUCUACCACAAUCCUAAUGUAUGAUUAAUUAAAUCUCACAUUUAUAUAUAUAAGGCUCUGUGUAUGUAUGUAUCGGUUUGUACAUGCAUGCAUAUGUGUGUAUUAAUUAAGGAAAGAUCAGCCGCUUGAGUUGUUAGAUUAUGUUAGGUGUGUUUUCCAUAGUGAUGAAACGUAAACCCUAGCGAUAAGGGAUUUAAAAAAAAAAAACUUUAAUGUGAGUCAUUGUGUGGUAAUGGACUUCACGUUGUUUGUCUGGAUGUAUAAAAUUAAUCGACGGUGCGUCUUGUGUGUCUUUCAUAUAUAUUUUGUACUAUAUGAAUAUAAGGAAUUUUCAAUAUCUC